CCUGUGGUGAAGGUGCGUCAAGCUUGCUUGUGCCGUGUGGAAUCAAUAAUAAGUUAAAAAAAAUUGUGAAGCCCUAUAGCAAUAAUCGAGUAGUGCUUUGUCUAUCUAUCUGUUCUAAAAUAAGUGUUGAAGUAGUGUGUUAUUUCACUGUUCCCUAUACAGUGUGGUAGCAAUUUUCGGAACCAUAUUGUAAAGCUUUCGUGACGCUCCCAUAACCUCUUAACCGAAAUGGCAGACGCUCCGGAAGUUGUGAAUGGAACGGGCCAAGAGAAUAAUCAAGACAACAGUAACAAUCAGCCUCAACUUACGGAUCAAGCUGGAAAUGGUAAUGCCGAAGCGACAAACGCCAAUGGCAACACUGAAAAUCACACCGUGCGCGAUGAUGACAGAAAAUUAUUCGUUGGUGGACUAAGUUGGGAAACAUCAGACAAGGAACUUAAGGAACACUUUAGCCAGUAUGGUGAUAUCGAGAGCAUCAAUGUGAAGACAGAUCCGAACACUGGACGUUCGCGAGGUUUCGCAUUUAUCGUGUACAAAUCCGCUGACUCGAUUGAUAAAGUCGUAUCGGCCGGUGAUCAUGUUAUCAACAACAAGAAGGUUGAUCCCAAGAAGGCUAAGGCUCGUUACGGCAAAAUCUUCGUCGGUGGCCUGACCUCGGAAAUCAGCGAUGAGGAGAUCAAAACAUUCUUUGGACAAUUUGGAAAUAUCGUGGAGGUAGAAAUGCCAUUCGAUAAGCAGAAGAACCAACGAAAAGGAUUCUGCUUCAUUACGUUCGACUCCGAGCAGGUGGUGAAUGAGCUGCUGAAAACUCCUAAGCAAACCAUUUCCGGCAAGGAGGUCGACGUGAAGAAGGCAACCCCUAAGCCGGACAACAUGGGCCCAAUGGGUCCGAUGGGUGGUCGCGGUGGUAUGCGUGGUCCGCCACCACGCGGCAUGCGUGGUGGUCGUGGCGGUCCCGGUGGACCAAAAGGCGGAUAUGGACAAGGUUGGGGCGGACAAGGAUACGGCGGCUACGGAUAUGGACAAGGAUACGGCGGAGGUUACGGUGAUUAUGGUUACGAUUACUUAACCAGAUGGUAUGGAGGCUACAAUAACGGUGGUUACGAUUUGUCCGGCGGCUAUUACGGUCAUGACUAUGGUUAUGGAGGAUACGACGGUGGUUACAUAAACGGAGGCCGUCCGGGAGGUCCUCGUGGAGGGGGCAAAGGUGGCGCUGGUACCUAUGGUGGCGGAAAGCAGCGAGGCAAUGGCGGCGGAGGUCGCCAACAACGUCAUGCACCCUACUAAAAAGACCAUUUCAUACCUAAGUAGAAACGAGAAAGAUUGCAGAUCGAUCGUGCAUCGUGUUGAACGUACAAAGCAAGAAAGAGGAGUAAACUAACACAUGCACAUACUAUGCUGUAACUAUUGCUCGUAUUUCGUCCACUGCUCCCUUCCACUCCCAUUGAAUCCAUUACUGUUUAGUUUUACAACACGACUAUUUACGUCUGCGGCAGAGCGACAAGCGCAUGAUGGGGCAUCAAAGGAUGAGAAAAACAAUAUAUUUAUAAGGUUCGCGCGAAUCAUCACUAUGUUGGUGAGAUGUACAUUGAAUUCAAUUUCCAUGAAUAGGAAUAUAGAUAGGGCAGAGCCAACGAGACAAAAACAGCAUCCAGAUAUACAGUUACAUACAUUACACACUAGCGAUGUGCGCUAAGCAGCGCACGAACGGCACCAGAGCCUGUUCCGAUCACAGGCCGUGGGUUCGAAAUCGGCUUCGAAGCCGGCUCUGUAUCUGGAGCCAUUUUCCCAUCACUUUACCCAUCAAAUACACGUAUUUCUUCUAUAGUU